AUGGAACCAGGAAAGGAGAAAACUUCCAAAAUGGAGGAGACAAAAUUGGAAGUCUCCCAAGCGAGCUCACCAGUGGAUAAAUCCAUUUUUAAAAAAUGGUGUUAUAUUAAGAAAAAGAGAAAAGAGAAACACAGGCAAAGGAGGAUAAAGGAGUUGCUAAAGUGGAGACAUUUGUACAGGGAAUAUAUAAAUGGUAAAACAAAAGGGUUAGCUAAAAAAAGGUCCCAAUCGAGCGCAGUAAAUUGUACAGUUAUUAAUCCACAUUUGAAAGAAAAAAUGAAGGGAAAUGAUAAGAGAACAUUCAUUUUAAGAAACACAAGAAUUAGAAGUAAUGGUCAUAGUGAUGAGGAACAAAUAAAAAUGAAUGCGAAUAAAUAUCAGAAAUUACUGAAAAAACAUGUGAAAGACUUAAAUCUAAUGGUACUGUUAGCAAAGUAUGCACAUUCAAAGAAAAUGUCCAAGAAGAGCCCUAAUGAUUCAAAUUUUUAUAGCGAUUCUACAUGUGCGUCAUCAAAAAAUUCUUACAGAUGGAGAGACAAAAAUGAAAGUAAGUACCAUUAUAACAGUGGUAUUAAAAAAUGGAAAUAUAACUUGAUAUAUGAAAAAGAACGAACUUUUAAUUUUAUCAACCAGGUAAAUUGUAACACUAUUGUUGAGCUUCAUUCACUAUUUACCUUCUUUUGUACAAAAUUAAAAGUUAAAGAUAAAGAAUAUUUCGAUAAUAAAAAUAUGUUAAAUAAGGUUCCAUUUAAAAAAAAAAGUUCUAUAAUUCAGAAAAAUGGUAGUAAGGAUUAUUCCACAAAACUGAAAAAUCAGUACAUCCCAAACAAUAAAGAAAAAAUUAUGAACGAUAUUAAGGGUAAACCAAGUAAAGCUCCACCUUAUAAAGCCAUAAACAUAAAUAACAAUAAUUGUGAACAUGUUAAUUAUGUAAAUGAGCAGAUGAAAGAGGAGGAAAACAAUAAUCAACAAAACGUUGUGAAUAUUAGUACGAAUAGCAAUAAGAACUUCGAGAAUGAUACAGAAAAUGACGAGAGAAAAGAAGAGAAUGGAAAUUCAAACGGGGAAGAACUUCCAGAGCCAAAUGAGGAACAAUUUGCAGACGAAUUUGAAUUAGAAGAUUUCGAUAGUGACGAAAAUAAAAAAGAAAAAACUUAUUACACAGAUAGAUGUAUGUUGGAUAGAAGUGUAAAAAGAGUUUCCAUUUUAGACAAAUUAAAUAUAGAUUUGGAUAAUAAACAGAAUGCGAACAGUAGUUGUGCAAUAAAAAAUGAAGUAUCUACUCAUAAAAAUGGAAAAAUUGAAAAACAUCCAUAUGCAUAUAAAAAGGAACCAAUACCCUCCCAGUUGUCCAAAAGGGAAAAUGAAAAUACUCUCACCAGUGUAGCUGAUGGCAGUAGACAUAUAGUCAAUUAUAAAAAAGCACACGAUACAGAGGAACCAAACAUUCCUCAAAAGAGGGAAACAUUAAAUAUGAACAACAAAGCCCAAGUGGUAAGCGCAAACGAAAAUAACACUAAGGUAGUAGGGUAUCCGAUAGAAAAUCAAAAAAUGCAUCCUCCAAGGAAGAAGGGCUCCAUCAAGAACCUUGUAAUGGAAAAUUCUCAACUGAGUUCUCAAUCUAAGCAGUGCAUCGGAGGUCCCAUGAAUGGGCAUAUGUGGAACGACAUGAACGGUCAGAUUGGGUAUAACACAAACAAUCAAAUUAUGCACGGCACGAAUAACGACCUAAAUUAUCAAAUGAACAAUCCAGCCAAUUAUCACAUGAAUAUACCCACAGCAGAUGUCACAUCUCAAAACUACGACAUGUGUCAUUCUCCUCCCACAUGUGCUAUUGCUGCAUAUCCAAUGAAUAACAAUGAGAUGAGUAAUUAUACUAAUUAUGGAAACUAUGGAAAUUUUUGGAAUUAUGGAAACUACGGAAAUUUUGGGAAUUAUGGAAACUACGGAAAUUUUGGGAAUUAUGGAAAUUACGGAAAUUUCGAAAAUUACGAAAAUUUCGGAAAUUACGAAAACUAUGAGCUGUAUAGAAACCAUAUGGGGAAUCAAAUGAUGAAUGAAGUUCAGCCAAAUAAAAACAAUAUUAAUGACAAAAACCUAGUAGCAUAUAACAAGGGGAAAAUGAAAUAUGACGAAGAUUUUACCCUUAACUAUAUUCUUCAAAAAUGUGAAGAUGAUGAUAAAUUUUUUUGCAGUAAUGAUGAAGACAUUUUAGAAAAGGAUGAAAACAGAAAUGAACUGAAUAAGUAUACACAAGGCAUGAACAAACUAGUUGAGCAUAUGUAUUUUUAUGAUAAUUUUUAUGAUGAAUAUAAAAUAUGUGAUGAAAGAAAAGAAGAUUCGAAUGCUUCACAUACCAUUAUUGACACUUCUUUAAAUUUAAAUGUGAUUGAUGAAAACGCCGAAUUGGCGAAAGACAACAGAGAUAACAAGGAGUUUAUUUCUCAGAUGGAGUUAAAAAUUAAUGAGCUAGAAAAAAAUAUUGAAGAAUUAAAAAAAAAAAAUCAAAUAAAUGAACAUGAAUUAAAUAAUCAAAGUGAAAAAAAUAUUAUCAUGAAUAAAAAAAACGCAAAUGAUGAUGAAGCCUGUGAGAGGAAAAAGUCUAAGAGUGCUCUUAUCAUACAUAAAUUAAAAAAAGAAAUUGAACUAAUAAAGAGAGAAAAUUUGAGAAAGAAGAACAAAAAGAAAAAAAAAAAAAAAAAAAAUAAUAAUAAAAAUGCCGAGGAAAAAAAAAAACAAGGCACAGAAGUAAUGACAAAGGAAAAAGGUUCAUUAGAGGAGAAAGACAACCAUGACGUUGAGGCACCAAAAGAUGGGGAAGCAGAAGACAACAACUUCAACAUUGAUAACAUUAUUAACACAGAAAAUUUGAACACGUUUAAAGACGAAAUUAUGAACAAUGUUUACUAUUAUAUAUAUGAAUCAUAUGACCAAAAGGACUACGAGAUUUUAGAAAAUCUAGCAAAAAAACACGAAAUAAAAGGGAGAAAAAUAUCAUAUGAUGUGAAUUUGCCAAAGUACAGUUUCAAACACAAGAGAACAUCAAGUGCUUGGUUUUUAAAUCCAUUGUAUGAAAAUUAUAUGCUUGAAAAAAAAAAAAAAACGAAAAAGGAUGAUUUGCCUAGUUCUACCCAUGAUAAAGUGGAAUUCCUCUUUCAUGAAUAUGAACCUGAUAAUAUUGUAAAUCUAAAGGAAGAUAAUAAAAGCUUGUUCAUGUCAGAAAUUAGAGAUAGUGAUUUUUCAUAUGAAAGUUUUAUAAGUGAGAGGAAAAAAAAAAUAAAAAAAAACAAAAUAGAUAUCAUGAAAAUGAAAAAUAAUAUUAUCCAAAAAAGGAAAAGAAGUACUAUUCUGGAAAAAAAAGUGGAGGAAAUAGGGAAACAUGUUAAAAGACCAUUAGAACAGAGAAAUAAUGAGUGCCAAGAUCAUCUCCCAAGAGAUUCUCAAGAUGGAUCUGCACCUCCCCCUCACAAUGACGUUAUGAAUGAUUUGUAUGUAACGUUAAACAAUUAUGUUCCAGACAAAUCCCUAUUUGACAUUUUUAAUUUGGGUUCCGAUGGUGAGGAUAAAGGAGAUACGCAUGAGAAUACUAACGGGAAUAUUAAUGGAAAUACUAAUGGAAAUACUAAUGGGAAUACUAACGGGAAUACUAUUGAAAAUACUAAUGGAAAGGAACCCUUAGAGAAUGAGAUGAAGGACAAGAUGCAUCAAAUGGGAAGUAAAUCAGAUAUGGAAGCAAAGAAAUCCAUUGCGCCAGAAAUAAAUGGUUGUGACAAAAUCGAGCAUAGAGAAGAAAAUGUAUGUAAUGAAAUGGAAGACUCGAGCAUGAACAGAGAGAUUUUAAGGAAAAGGAAAGAGAAGGAACUCUUGGAAUUAGAAAUAGAGAACAAAAAAAAGAAGAAGGAGUUAGAAGAGAUAGAGCUGCAGAUUUUGGAAAACCAAAAAAAAAUCCUGAAAGCGAAUAAUUCAAUCGAUGUGGUGCAAAUGGAGGGGGAAAUGAAAAUAGAAGAGGAAAUGGAUGCAAAAAUGGGCAUAAAAAGAGAUAUAAAAAUGGACAAGGAAAGGGAUGUAAAAAUGGACGAGGAAAGGGAUGAAAAAAUGGACAUGAAAAGAGAUAUAAAAAUGGACGAGGAAAGGGAUGCAAAAAUGGGCAUGAAAAGAGAUAUGAAAAUGGACAAGGAAAGGGAUGCAAAAAUGGGCAUGAAAAGAGAUAUGAAAAUGGACAAGGAAAGGGAUGAAAAAAUGGGCGAGGAAAGAGAAGUAGAGGUAGAGGUGAAACGAGGGGCCAAUAAGGAGGAGAGUAAAACUGAAAAUACAUUGAAUAAUGCGAAAGUGGACAAUGAGACGAAUAAGAAAAAUAAUGAAAGUGCAGAAAAAAAAAUGGGAGAAGUGAGAAAGGAACAAAGUGGAAUGAACACAAAUGUAGAAAAAAUAGAGGGGAAAAAGGAAGAAAAGGAAACUGAAGAAAUAAAAAAGGAAAACAAAUCAUCAUCGAUGCAAGAAAAUGAAAUGAAUGAUUGUCUGAAUGAUUAUUUACAAAAACAGAAAAAAAAAGAAAAAAAAAAAAACAACUGGACUUUAUAUGGAAGACCAAAGGUAAAAAGAGAAAGAAAUACCAUUUUGAGAAGAUUAUCGAGCUCCAAAAGUGACAGUGGUUUUAAUGAUUAUGCAUAUUUUGCAGAACGUUUUUUUGAAGUAAUUACCGGAUAUCGAAGUGAUCCAGAUGACUAUGAAUAUAGCGAGAAAGGAGAAAACGGGAAAGACAUAAAGAGAAAAGAUAGUGAUAGUGGACAAAGUCAGUUGUCACAAAAGCAUAACUCUUAUAUUUUUCAUAUAAGUGAAAAAAUGAAAAAGAAAGCUUACGAAAAUGAUAUUUUUUACAAAUUGGGAAGACCAAAAUAUGAAAAAAAAAAUAAUUAUCAUAGAUGCAAAUCGACUACUCAUAAUACCAUACUAAAAAAAAAUAGCUUGAAAAAAAAAAAAAUAUGUUUAAAUAGAUCCAUAUCGAAAAAUAAACUUUCCAGGUUCGAUGAAUCAAAUAAAGGAAUUAUAGAAAGAACAAAGUUAAAAUUAAAGGAAAAAUUAGGAGAAAAAAUAGAUGAAAAAUUAAAUGAAAAAUUAGAAGAAAAAUUAGAUGAAAAAUUAGAAGAAAAAUUAGAAGAAAAAUUAGGAGAAAAAAAUAAAUUCACAUUUUUGUCAAUUCUUAGGGAUAAUAAUACACAAAGCAGGACAAACGAAACUGUAGAUGAAAAGAGUUUUAUAAAGAACAAUUCUGAAAACAUGACAUUAUUAUUUGAUACUGAAAAAAUGGAAAAUCCCAAUUUAGACCUGAAAUACAAAAGGAAAUUAAUAUAUGAGGCACUGGAUAAUACUAAAUGGGUGACAAACAGAAAGGGAAAAAAACACAUGGGUUUUCCAAAUAAAGGUGAUGAUGAUAAUGAUAAUGCAUCUAUAGAUGGAAAUCUUUUAGGGGACAUCUUUCUAAUGAAGGAAAAAAAAAACGAGACUUUUUCGAAAACUGCGAAAGAGCUUAAGCAGGAGUUGAUUAAGUUGGAGGAGGAAAGGUGGAUAGGAGAAGUGAAACGAGUGGAAGAGUUAAAACGGGUGGAAGAGAAAAAACGAGAGGAAGAAGAGAAACGAGUCGAAGAGUUAAAACGGAUGGAAGAGAAAAAACGGGUAGAAGAGUUAAAACGGGAGGAAGAGAAGAAAAGGUUAGAAGAGGAAAAACUCAUUGCAGAAAUGAAGCGAGGAGAAGAAGUGAGACGUGCAGAGGAAAUGAAGCGAGGGGAAGUUAAAAGUAAAGCAGAGCUAAGAAGGAUGCAAGAAUUUAUGAGGAUGAAUAAAAUAAAAUCCAUAAAAGAUAUGACAACCGUGGAUAAAUCGAAUAGGGAUGAGAAGAAAAAAGAAGAAUCUAAGAAGACAGAGCAGCAUAAUAAACAAGGAAUAACAAAAAUGCUCGAAGAUGAAGAAGAAGACAAAACAGAAAAGAUAAAAGAAAAAAAAGACAUAUUUAGUAAUAUUUUAAAACAAAUUUAUACAGUAAAUCCCAUAGCCUAUUACCGAAAGGAGAAGGAAGACAUAGCUGAGAAAAUCAGAAAUUACGAGGAAAAAAAAGAAAAUGACAAGAUGGAAGAAAAUUUAUUAGCGAGUUCAGGAUGGAAGGUCAAUAUGAGAAAAAAGGAGGAGAACAACCUGAUCAAUGAAAAAAGCAAUUUAAUGAUUAAUAAAAGUGGAGAUGAUGAAAAAGAAAUAAUAGUUGAACAUCAAAAUAAUGACAUUAUAGAUGAUGAAACGAAGGAGAAAGCAAAUAUUCAGAACCUUUUUUCUUGUGCAAAAAAUUACAACAUUUUUGACGAAAUGGAAAAACAAAGGAAAAAAAACUUAAAAGAUAAAGUUUCCAAGAUUAAUAACAAAAUAAGUACACAUAAAAUUGGGAAUAGGAUCUUGUUAAAAAAUUCAUAUAAAAACAACUCUAUAAUAAUCAGCAAUGUUAUAAAUAGGAAAAAAGAUGAGGACAAAUUACCAGAGCACAUUAUGGAUGAAGAAGAAUCAUGUAUCAAUCUGAUGCAGGGAAAAAUGUUAUUGGAAAAAGAGCCCAAUGGAGAAGUGCUGAAUAAUGAAGUAAUAAACAACGACAUGAUGAAUGAUGAUAUGGUCAAUAGAACCAUUUUAAAUGAGGACAAAAGGAAGAAUCUACUAACCAUGAGGAACAAGAACCUCAAAUACAACAGUAUGCUUGAGGGGAACAUGCGUCUUGCAGUGGAAAAAAAUUUUGAAGGAAGUGUUUCGAUACUAGAUAAAGUGGAUGAUUCAGAUAAAGCGGACGAUCUGUUUGAUGUUGAUGAAGAUGGUUUCUUUGAAACAGAAACGGAAGACUCAUUUUUAAAGGUUGACGAUAAUGAGAUAACAAAUAUGGAUGAAAUGAAAACCCACAUUUAUAGAGAAUUUUAUGGAGACAAUGAAUUCGAUGGGGAUAUGGCAAGCUUGCGCGGAAAACAAAAUAAUAACAAAAAAACUAGGAGGGAAUAUUUCAAAAAUAACUAUGAAUCAUCACCCAUAUGGGUGGACGAAUUCCAUAAAUAUGAAAAUUCCCCAUUUUACUCAGAAGAAUUAAAGAACAUGAGUAGUUAUGAUUUAUAUAGGAAAAAAAUAAGCACAGGUACAAGUGUGUUGAAAAGUGUACAAGGAUUUGACAUGCAUAAUGAACUAAUAAGUAGGAGCAGUGUAGAUGUAGAAUAUAAAGAUGAUAUUUCUAAAAAUAGUCAAGAUGCAUAUUUUGAUUUUGAAAAGAAAAAAAUUUUGGACAUGGACGAGAAAUACAGAACAUAUGCAAAUAGCAGUAGUAGUGCCUUAUCAUGUGCCAAUUCGACAAAUCUUAAGAAAAACUUGUAUCAUUUGGAUUCGUUAAGAAAUCAUUAUUAUGAAGGAAAUGAUCCUUUUACUACUUAUUCCUUCGAAAAAAUAGCUGCUAAAAAUUAUGACCACGAGAAAAAAUUCCCACGAAACGAAGAAAAUAUCGGCAGCAAUGAUGAAGACAUCCUUGCAAAAGUCAUGAGCAAUUUAAACGGUUUAAAUAAAAAAAUAAAAAAUAUAGAAAUGAAUUAUUAUAUCAACAAGGAUGAUCGUCAGGGUACUAUGUCCGACUUAUUUACGCACAAAUUCAAGAGGGGGAACACUGACAUGGUUCCCUCUAACGAUGCUCACCAUGCUGACAAUGAACAAGUUUACAAUGAAGAAGUUUACAAUGACGAAUUUGACAAGGACGAUGUACGUGGUCACCAUGAUAACGCUCAAUAUGAUUAUUCUUCUUCAUUUUCGCGCUACCACAAUAAAACUCAACCACAUAUAAAUAGAUCAAAAAAUUACAAAAAUGUGUAUUCUCCAUAUCACAUCUGA